CGUCCGUCCCGCCGCAGACCCCCGCUGCCCCGCCGACGGAGGCGCCUCUGGGGCAAUGCCGUUCGACCUCCCGUCCGGAGACCCCGCGGACCCCGGGCCGGUGUACGUGCGCGAGAACGGGCAGCUGCUGCCCGCGGCAGCCCCCGGCGGCCCGCGGGGCGUCCAGCGGCCGCGGCCCCUCCGCCUGUUCCCCAAGAGCUUCUGCGUGGAGCUGCGGCUGAGCCGGGAGGAUCGGCCGGCCCGCCAGGCCAGGACCGACCACUUCAUCUUCACAUACACGCGCGAGGGCAGCCUGCGCUACUCGGCCAAGCCCCUGUUCAGCCUCGCUCUGGCCUUCAUCUCCGACAACAUCGACCACGUGGACUCGCUCGUCGGCUUCCCCGCGCUGAUCGCCGAGAAGCUGUUCUCGGCCGCCGAGGCCCGGCAGAAGUUCUCGGAGCCGGGCGCCGGCCUGCGGGCCCUGCGCAAGUUCACCGAGGCCUACGGGAGUCUGGUCCUCUGCUCGCUGUGUCUGCGCAACAGGUACCUGGUGAUUGCCGAGAAACUGGAAGAGGUCAAGUCUUUCCGGGAGCUGGCGUGCCUGGACCUGUCCUGCUGCCACCUGGGGGAUGAGCAUCAACUCCUCGAACACAUCACCAAGGACGCCCUGUCCAGCGUGACCCGGCUCCACCUGAAGGAUAACUGCCUGUCCGACGCCGGCAUCCGGAAAAUGACCGCGCCAGUCCGAGUGAUGAGACGAGGCCUCGAGAAUCUGAUGCUGCUGGACUUGUCUUGUAACCCGGACAUCACCGACGCGGGGAUCGGGUAUCUCUUUGCUUUGCGAAAGCUGCAGUGCCUGGACAUCUCUGGGGCCGGCCUCAAGGACGUCCGAGCGGUGAAGCGCCGGAUCCGAGCCCGACUGGGCCUCGUUCACUCCAAGGUGCCUCUGAGGGAGUUUGACCACAGCAACUGCAGGACCGAGGGCUGGGCCGACCAGGUGGUUCUGCAGUGGGAGCGUGUGACGGCGGAGGCCGUGAGAGCUCGAGGAAACGCCACCUCCGGGACCGCGGCUCAGCGCUUCUAUGGGAAGCGGGCCCGAGCAAGUGCCAUGGUCCAGGGGCUGCCCACGGACUCCUGCCCAGAGUCCUCCGGGGAGCUCCAGUUCUACCGUGAGCAGACCCGGGACCCCCCGUCGCCACCGUCGGAACCGGAGUCGGUUGGGAGCGGUGGGUUCCGGACGAAGAAGAAGAGAGCUGUGGAGGAAGGGGUGGACAGGAGACUGACCGCCGAGCUGUCUCAGGCCCCAGAACAGAAGUCCAUGUGCUUGGCCCUGGGGGACUGGGACCUGUUAAAUUCCUACUGACCUUGGGGUCGCGGCGGGGGCCGUCUCAACCCGGAUGACGGGUUGCCGUGGCCUCGGCAGAGAAAACCCUUUUUCUACUUGGGCGAUGGGGGGAUGGCCAUGUCAGAGGUGAGGGCGGCAGUGUCCGAGGUGUCAGCAGGGGCACCUCUAAUGUAGAUUUUUAGGAUGGGAUGAUUUUUCCAAUAAACCUUUCAGUCGUCUUU